UUUAUCUGCAGUUAAUGUGAUAAUGAACAGUAUAUAAAAGCAUGAUGCCCCCUUGGUGAGACUACUAACUGAUCUUACUGUAACAAGAAGCAUCAGAGCACAAGAUGAAACUCUCAAUCAUCUUUUUGGCAGUUGUUGGUCUGGCAUGUGGAAAGUCACUGCCAACCCGCAGUCUCCAGGACGACCUCAAUGAUUUCCUGGCACUUGUCCCACUUGAUGAGGUCCUUGGCAUUGCACUGGACUACCUUGCCAAUGAUGAACAAGUUCAGGACUUUGUAGUUUACCUCCAGUCUGAAGAAUUCCACAAGAUUAUUUUAACUGUUGAAGAUGUGAAAGAGCUUAAGGAUUUUCUUAAAUUCAUCAACGACCUCGGCAUUGAUGUUUAUGAAAUCUUGAAUCAAGUUCACGAAAUCCUUGGCUUGCCUCCAUUUAAGCCAGACAAGCACUCUCGCAGGGGUGUAGGAAUCAAUGGUCUCAUCAAUGAUGUAAUUGCUGUUCUUCCGACUGACAAACUCAAGGAACUCUUUGAAGAGAAAAAGGAAACCAGUGAAGACUUCAAGGCUCUGAUUGCUGCCAUCCAAUCCCCUGAAUUUUCGAACAUUGUAGAUGCUCUGCGUGCCAUAAAGGAAUACCAGGACCUGCUUGAGAGUCUCCGUAAUAAGGGAGUUGAUGUGGAUAAUAUUAUCGCACUCUUUAGGGCUCUCUUUGGAUUGUCUCGGCGAGGGACCCGUAAUCUCCAGGAUGACCUCAACGAUGUACUGGCACAUAUCCCACUUGAUGAGGUUCUUGCAAUUGGACUAGAUUACCUUGCCAAUGAUCAAGAAGUGCAGGAGUUGGUAAUUUACCUUCAGUCUGCAGAAUUCCACAAAAUUGUUUUGACUGUUGAGGCUGUACCAGAAUUUGAUGAAGCUCUUCAAUUUGUUACUGAACGUGGUAUUGAUGCUAAGGCUAUCCUAGACCAAAUCCAUGAAAUCCUAGGCUUGCCCCCACGUUCCUCAAGCAAGAUUACUCGCAGGGGUUCAGGAAUCCAAGGCCUUAUUGAUGAUUUGGUCGCUGUUAUUCACGUUGACCAUCUCAAGGAACUAUUUGAAGAGAAACUGCAAACCAGCCAAGACGUCAAGGAUCUGGUUGAUUUCAUCCGAUCAUCUAAAUUUGAGAAAAUUCUAUCAACUCUGCGAUCCAUAAAAGAGUACCAGGACCUCCUUCAGAGUCUUCGAGAAAAGGGAGUUGAUGUCGAUGGCAUCAUCAAAUUCUUGAAAGACCUCCUUGGUUUGGCUCGCCAUUACUGAAAGUUUGCAUAUUUAACGAGAAACUGAAAAAUUUACUAUGGAACUUGUGAAUUUGGAAACAAAAUGCUGAUGCAUACAUAAAUAGUAAAAUUAUAUUUACAUGUUAAUGACAUAUUAAAUAAAACUUUGAUGUAUUAUUUUAA